GAAGGGUGUGUAAGGGACAGAAAGGGUGAGAUGUUGUAUGAGGGGCAGACAGGGUUAGGUGGCUGUGCUGGGGACAGGAAGCAGUGAGCUGGAACUGCAGACGGAAGGGAGAAGAAGGAGAGAAAGGACCAGAGCUGCGUGGAGCUGCACAUGGGAGACUACAUGGAAAAGGCAAACAGGGCAGCGCUUCGCACAGGAAGCCAAAUUUGCCUAUCAAAAACAACAAUCCAAAUUGAAAGCGUGACAAGAGCUUAACCGCAUUUGCAUCCACUGCAAUUCCCCGCGCACACCCCGUGCCACCCCGCAAGCUGCGGGCUCAGGAGAUGCCUCGCUGGCUGAACGCUUCCUCCGCGGACACAUGCACAGCGAGCACAGGUGGAUGGAAUUGGCGGAUUUGGGGCGUGAGGUUCUAGCUCUUCUGUCGGGAAGCAGCUCAGCGCCCAGUUUUGGGUUAGGAGCCCGAGAGAAGCCGGUUGGCGGAGGUGGCAAAUACAGAGCGAGCCCGGGGCUCCGGCACGGCUGCCGAGGUCUCCCGGGGGGAUGCCGAGGGCCCCCUGCUCAGCCCCAUGCGCCUGAUGGAGGACAGGAGCGGCCAGUUCCCGCGCUAUAAAAGCCAGGAGAGGCCCGGGGUGGGGCCGGCGUCAGCGGGAAAUGUCUCCCUGGAAGCAGAUUAGCUUCACGGGAAGCCUGUCGUCGACAGCCUGCCCAGCGAGAAAACUCCAAGAAGCUGAGGACAAACAGCAUCCCAAAGACAGUCCAUGGGGACUGUACCAGAUCCUCUGAGAUCUGCCAAGCUUUCCCUGGUCUCAGCUUCUGCAGAGGAGGAGCACCUGGGAGACCUGCAGCCUGCUAAGCACCAGCCCCAAGCCCCCAGUGGCGAGAAGGCCAGCAAUGGCUUCCCGUGUGCGCCGUCCAGCUCAGCUGGGGUUUGCCUGUUCGACCUGAGCUGCACAGGUGCUGCCAGCACACAGAGGUGCCAGCAGUGCCACACAGACGAUGACAGCCAGCAGGAAUCCUUUUCUCCCAGGCUGGCCAGCACAGCUGCAGAGGGGCAUCCUGCAGAUGUAAAGCCUGCUGGUUGUUCCCAGCCAGCAGGCAUCCAGGCACCGGCAGCGCCAGCCCUUGCUGCAGCGGGUGCCCUCUUGGUGGGGCAGGGGCCAGAGAUGAUGCCAGCCCCCCAGAGCUCCCGGCAGUUUGUGCAAGGCAGCCAGGCCAAAACGAGCUCCCUGACACAGAUAGAUGACUCUGCCUUGAAACCUCAGGGAACUGAUGAUCAGCCAGCGCUUGAAGUGUUAAAUUAUUCCUCCCCGGGUGAUCCUGUCGGGGUUAAUCAAUUCUGUCAUACUUCUCAGGCAAGCCUUCUGCAAAGAGGGGAAAAAGACAGGGCGGCAGAGAAUGAUGGUUCUGCUGUGUGUCAGUCAGCCUUGGCAGCAAGGAAAACCGAAGCUGACCUGGGGAGAGACCCGCAGACCAGUCUGGAGGCAAAACACGGGACUGCAGACACGGCGCAGUUGCAUCCCCCAGGUAAAACUGAGGCGAUGCAGAGCAGCAAGGCACCGGCCCAGUCUGGCCACGGGAGUCCACAUCCUGUACACAACCUGGACCCCACACCUGGGAGUCCAAACCCCACCCAGCUCUCCAAAUUCAGAGAAACAGGUACAAUGACAGCUCAGCCAGAGAGCAGCCCUUUUACUCAGGAAGUUGUAAGCAGGACAUGGCAGGAUGCUGAGGUUCAGGCCGUGGCCACUGUGGAGAGCAAAUCAGCUUCCACAAGUCCCAGCAUCUUUGCUGCCUUCUUAAAAGGGAAUUCUCCUCCAGAGGAGAAGGAAGAACUGCAUAUAAUUUACCAAGGAGAUAUGGGGCUGAGCCAGGCUGCACUUACUGACAGUUUAUCCUCACAACAAAAGUUUCCAUGUUCUCCUGGUGUCACAUCAAAGUCGACUGUUGUGGCUGUGACCGCUUCAGCCCAAACCCAGCCUGUCAAAUUGCCCGGGGUCCCAUCUGAUGUGGCAUCUCCAGUAUCAGCAGAUAAUGCAAAACCUGUUCUCCCCUGCUCCCCUGCAGCUGUUACCUCCCAAGGAACAUCUGUGGGUAAUGCUGAAAUGACCAGCGCAGCCCGUGAUGUCAAGGACACUGCUCAGCUGCCAAAGGAUGCUCCAGUCUCACCAAAGCCCAUCCCAGCUGAGCAGCUUGGAGUCGACCCCAGUAAUCAAACUCCAUCACAGUCUGGGGCUGGUGCUGGUGACACAAGCACCACUUCCACUGGUGCUGUCCCAGGAGCCCAGAACAGCGUGCAAGAUCUCGUCCCUCAUGUAGGAAGCAGCAAGUCACCUUCACUCUCUGGCAAGGACAGUGAGGUCAAGCAGAAGGAGGUCCUGGGCAGUUCUGACCAAAAGCCUGCGCAAAGCAAGGGUGCGAGUCAAGGGCAGGCCAGUCCUAAUCAAUCCGUGGUAAAACCAAAGGAAGAAAACUUGGUGGUGCUUGAUCCUAAAGGAGGGCUGAACGUUAGCAGCCAGCCUGCCGCUGUCCAUGCAAAGGCGUGCUCACAGGAUGCAGGGGAGAAGGAGAGCAGAGGCCACGGAGACAGCGGCCAGUCUCGGAUGGCUGGUGGCCAGAGCCUGCAGGCAGGACUGACACCCGAGCUGAGCGUGAGUUCUGCAAGUCUUGCCCCUCCCGUGGCAGCAUCGGCAGCGCCCCAGCAGCAGGGCCUCCGGGCCAGGGGGUCCAGACACGACCUCCACGCUGCAGUGAGUCCUGCUUCCUCUCAGGCUGUGCCGAACCUGGGGGAGGGCAAAAAGCACUCCACCCCAGCCAUGGAGGCGAAAGUACAGGUGAAGCAGUCCAAACACGUCAGGGAUGUUGUUUGGGAUGAGCAAGGAAUGACGUGGGAGGUUUAUGGUGCUUCCCUCGAUCCAGAAUCCCUGGGAAUUGCCAUCCAGAACCACUUACAGAGACAAAUACGGGAACACGAGAAACUGAUCCGGGCCCAAAACAGUCAGACCCGGAAAUCCAUUUCCUCAGAUACAUCCUCAAAUAAAAAACUGAAAGGGAGGCAGCACAACGUGUUCCAGUCCAUGCUGCAGAAUUUUAGGCGUCCGAAUUGCUGCGUCCGACCUGCUCCCUCUUCUGUGCUAGACUGAUGUGGUUUGCAGGGGUGCCUAAAUACCUGCAGUGGUGGAGAGAAUCCCUCCCCUCAAGUCCUGCUGUUUGGUUGUGUAAUUGGGGUUGUGAUGCAACAGUGGAAAAUGAUCCUCCUUUGUUUUCUGACUAGCCACAUGCUCCAUCCUGCCAUUAUUAUUGUCACAGCUGGUGUAUUUCCACGUUAUGCCCCAACCUUGACUGCUGUCAGAUGAAAAGCUAGGCACUUAGCAAAAGCACAAAUUUCAAUCGCCACCUUGCUGCAGGGAGAGCAGCACUUUCUGAUAAAGCAGGAAGCAGAGGAAUUGUCAGAAUGAUGGGAAUUUAUUUAUGUGCAUUAUGAGGUCUUACUCAAAGGGGUGGACUGGGGGAAGCUGAGGGAGGUGGAAUUAAGGUUCAACAGCUGUAAAGACCUAACACAAGACAACUUUCCUGGUUUGUAAGUUACCCGUGCCGAGGCAAGUCCAUGAACAAGCUAUGGACAUUGAUUGCUGAGCAGCCUCACUUCUGUUCAUACUGUGGGCCGCUGUUCUCAGGUGAGCCCCAGGGAGGCCGCUCUUCCCCUCCUGGUGAAAUGUAGAACCAGGCAAAGAAUGAGGAUCAAGACUGAAGGAUUCUCUCUUUGGGAGAAGCUAAAUCAGUGGGAUGUUGAUGGCCAGAAGGGGAGGUGAGAGAGAUGCUUUUUGUCCCCUGCAGUGGCCACUCUUAAGGUACAAGCCGUCGGGGCACAGGAGAGCGCAUCGGUAGAUGGACCUGCAUCCAGCAGGACGGUGCCCACCCUCACCCUGGUACCCCUGCCGAGUCUUUUAAAAAGCAGGGAGCCAUUCUGACUCCUCAGAUGGGGUGGGCAGCCCCUGCUCCCAGCCUCCCAUGGCACUGAGCACCUCUCUUCUAAAUCACUCUUUGAAGUGAUGUGGAUCUUUCUUCUCUCUCCAGAGAUGCACAGUAAUGUUUUCCCAUAGCAGCAGGCUCUCUGUGCAUUGGGGUCCAUGAGCCUCUAUGUCUAGUGUGUUACACUGAUUUUUUUUCCCCUUUAAGUCCUUAGCCAACUCUACAGGUUUUUUUCAGUAUUUUGGUGCUUUUCUUGCUGCCUUUCAUAACCCAUUUAUUUAGCCUGUGUGAUAUUUUAUUUUACCUAACACUCUAUAUUAUGAACCAUUAUACUGUUAACUUGAAAAAUUUGCAGCAGUACUGAAAUCUUGAGACAAUCUUUGCUGUAUUUCUGAACUUAGUUGUAGAAACUGCUAAUAAAAGGUAGCUUAGUGACUGUUUCUCCAGAGUUAUGAUACACAAUAAUGUCUGAAAUAGAUGUUGGUCUCAUUCCUCAAUAAUAUUUUUCAACUUGGAAAAUGUGUUUCCCGGUAGCUUUGUAUUUUGUCCACUAGAGUUCAUUAUGGGAGGCUGGGGAGCUCCUGCAGUUUGUAGAAAAUUUAGUUAUCAAUCCUGCAAAGCACUGAUGGUUUGGAUAUUGUAAUCCUGCAGAGUAUUAGAGUUAAACAGGAGAUACUUUUAGACCAUUAAAGAUAUUUCAUGAAUCAGGAUGAUAAUUUAUUUCUGUCUCUAGUACCACGUACCUGACUUUGACUUACUCUGUAGAUCUUGCUCUUACAACUUACUCUAAAUCUUACAGGUUUAUACCAUGUAAAUGAGUAUUAGUAUCUUUUUUCUUUUUCUUUUUUUUUUUUUUUUUUUCCUGUGUGGUGAAGCUGAAGUGGUCCCCAGUUAUUUAGGAGGCCAGACUUCUUGAGUAUAUCAACUGCCAAGCCUUCAUAGUAGCUGUUUGGGGGCAAUUUUUCCCCAGCAGAAAAGUAAAAUACUGUAAGAUAAAAUAUUUUAACCCAGUGCGAUGAAAAGUGUUGCCCCUAAGCAUAGUACUGAAUUGACUCCUAGUUUUCCUCAGAUACCAGGGAGCUUUUUGUGUACGUUAUUUCAAGUCCUUUCCUUCUUGUGGUGCUGAGUUUUUAGUUCUAAAACACCACAUUAGAGAGUGUCUUCCCACCUCUGCCUACCAAGAGGAAAGUCUCCAGCCUUUUUUCUGUUAGUACUGCUGUCUCUACCCCCUUCCUAGCAGUGUCUGAGAUGUGAGUUUCACAUGAAAUUUUGUGUGGGGUUAAUAUCGACAGUAUCAUUAGGUCAGGUUAGAUGACAAGUUCAGUGUCUCUUCCCACAUUGUGUCCGUGUCAGCCCUGACGAGGUUCCCUGAGUUGUCUGCAGUUUUUGCUGUGUUCUGUCCAGGUCCAAGGCUCUGUGCUGCUCCUUUUGCCUCCCUUCUGCCCCUUCCCUUGCUAGCUGUUGCCCAGCGUGUCUUUGUGUGAAGCCGUGUCCCUUGGCUCAGCUCGCGUCCCCCUCUGCGUUCCCCCUGCUGUAGCUGUGAUCCAGCUUACUCUGAACUGUCCCUUUACAAAUAUGCUCAGUCUAAAUAUACAAAUGGAUUGUCCUUUUUUUUUUUUUUUUUUUCCUUCCAGAGGAGAAUAAACUAUGAGCUAUCACUCAUUCACUGAUUUCCAUGAAUUUUAUCUUUUAGCUUCACCUCUGCAAAAUAUUUCUAGGAUAUGGGUAUGAAUUGCUUUAUGGAGGACAAACUAGGCUUGGCAAGGAAUGAGCAGGAUGCUGGGGCAGCACUGGACUUACUGCUUCUUUGCAAGGGAUGAGAGAUCUCUCCUGGUUCUUUGCAGUCUCUUUCAGCUGUGAGUCUGCAGUAGCUGGUCCACCCUCCCUUCCCUUAGAAGAAAUGACCUUUCUUCUAAGAAAAUCUCACCAGUGCAUUUGUACUACAAAGCACCGAUGGAGAAGUUACUGAGCAAAUGCACCUGAACAACUGCAUGGGAAUAACUGAAACAGCAAGCAUGCAGUGCUCAGCCUGUGUUCUGGGCAAAUUCGAGUGCAAAGAUGCAAAUUGUCCGUGGCACUAUCUGGUGGCUGCAGAAGUCCUGCAGACGUUGGAAGCCAAGCAAUAAAGUGCCAAAAGCCAACACAUAAAAAUGAGUCGAUAACCACCAGCACAUCUCAUGGGAAAUAUUUUAGGUUUUGACUGUGCCUUGCGAGGGAAGACUGAAGGCAACCUGCUAGUUUAACACUGGUGAUUAGGGCUUUCUCCUGCAUAGAAUGUCUAGGUGACAAUGUGAAUCCUCACUGAUGACAUGUCUUUCACCAACAGCAAAACCACCACGCUGGGGGUAGCAAUUAGCAAAUAUGCAUUUGAGUGUGCUUGUAGCACCCAAGAAAGGCUGUUCUUGGUGUCAUGUCAGUCUCAAAAAUUAAAAUGUACUUGGAGUAGUGAUAUGGCAGAGAGAGUAGGGGGAGAUGAUCCGUGUGCCACCACCCCAUUCUUUUUCUCUGCCCAAUGACUCAGAAUCACAUUGCAUUAGUUGGAUGGGUAACAACCAAGGAAAUCCAUUUGGGCUAACAAAAAGAAGGUUCAGGACAGAAAAUACUUUGUCAUUCCCAAGAGCAGAUUUAUAUGAAAAAAACACACCAAACCUGUGUUGCAGCCUAGCCAGUUGAAGUAACCCUUAAUUUUUUUUUUUUAUUUUUUUUUUUUUUUUCUUUUUCCCAAGAUGAGAGAUUUUGGGAAACAAGCUCAUUGUCAGGAAAGCCUUCCCUGCUGGUCACAUCUUCUAGGAAGGCCGAUGUAGCAAGAGCCAUUAAUAAAAGCUGUGAAUAAGAAUGGAAGUUUUACUUCUAGUUUCACUUAGGGGGCUUUCCACUAGCAAAUAUGAGCAAAAGCACAUUUCAGUGUUACCAAUACAAUACUUGAGUUGAAGGAACAUCUCAUUGCAGGCAAUUUGCAAUAUAGGCCUGGAUUUUAUGUCAGGCUGUGAUAUCCAUCUGUAUGCACUUGGUUGGGAUCUGCCAGCUUUGUGUUGUUUGGGCACAAGUGCUGAAGUUCUGCCUCUAUUCUGCUGAUUUGGUUUGGAAAAAAAGAGUGGGGAAAGAGCUGAAGGGACAAGAAGGGGAAUAUCUAUGUUCUCCAUUUCAGAAGAAAACAUUAUUUUGAAUACAGAAGAAGAAAUUAUUGAGUAACAGGGGGAGGGAAGAACAAAAAGAAGAGUAAAAUAAAGUUGGUGUAGGUGCUUCACAAUGAAUGUCCAUUCCUAUGUAUGUUUUGCCCACUUGUUUUCUGACCUCACAUAUUUUUUCUUUUGUUGGCGUCCUGUGUCUUUUAGGAAAAUUAAUACUUCCAAAGGCUCUAUAUUUUGCUAGUAUUUAUAGAUAUAUCCUAAUAGGACUCAAGAAAACCUCUAAGCAGUCAAACUGUUUAUUAUUGCCACUAAAACAUAAGAGCUCGUAAAAUGCACCAUUUGAAGAAGUAUAUUGAAGGGAUUCAAAAAACUGAAUGUAGGCUCUAAAGAUAGCACUAGCUUUUCUCUUGAGUUUCAUUACUGUGUUUAAGUGUUAAAGUUAGAAGUGGAAAUCCAAAUGAAAAUCAGCGUUGAUGAGAAAUUCAAAUUGGCUGCCACUGGUUUUCAGUUCGGAGACUUCAUGGAAUGUACCAUACCAGUGUUUCAUUAGUUAGCUCAGUAUAUGCAAUGUUUGUAUGAAAGUACAAAUUUUAUUAACUUAUUAGCUCCAUUAUCUUCUUCUGUGUCUAUCCUUCUACACCUUUUAAAAAUUAACACAAAAUGCUACCACAACAGAGUCACUUCAGCACAGAGCUUGUGGGAACAACUCCUCUGAAUGACAGACAACUGAUUGUCAGACUCUGUGGGCUUGGAAAGUUAAGGGCUGUGGUCUGAGGGAAACUGCUCCCUCCUUUUCCCUAACUCCCUGUUUUAGAAACCAAUCUCUGCUGGUUUAUUUUUUGGUGUCUCUGUGAUGCCUGUAUAUUUGGUCAGUAUUUUCAGUUGUCCCAAAGAAACAGCGGUAGAUCUUUACCCAAAUACUGCACGCUACAAAAUACCUCUGGUGCCAUUGGAUGCUGUUGUGUGACCUGAAGGUCAGGACCUGUAACUUGAACUGGCUUCAAUAUUCUCUUAGGGGCCUAAAUUAUCCCACUUGAGUCACUGUAGAUGUUUAAAAGGAAGACUGAAGUGUUACAGCUGAAUUGAGCCAAACUGAUUCGUUUUUUAAACUCUGAGGUUUAUUGGGUAUUUUUGCUUUGUGUUUUUCUGAGUAGCUCUUCCUGCCUAGAGUUUAUAAUAUGGAUUUUGCAUCAGAUCCUGGCAAGGAAGAUUUUGCAAAGUGAAACCUACUUUUUAUCAUUCAGGCUUCUUUAAAGAAAAGUGACAUUAUUACUGAGCCAAAUCACAGAGAGAAGAAUUAUUUUUUCCACUAGGACAACUUCUGAUAUAGGUAAGCUUAUGUGUGUGUGUCCCUGUUUAAAAGUACAUGUGUGCAGGUCUCAUGCAUCACUCAUGCUCUAAAAUGAUUUUUUACCUUUGCCCUUCUGAUUGAAUGCUGGAGGUUUAGCAUUUUCCACAACCUUGAGGCAAGUUUAAAUCUUUCUCUGGUCUCUAAAAAGCAGACUGUGGGUGAUACGAAGCAUCUGAUCUCCUUAGGAACAGAAUCACAUCAACUAAUCCCCAUUUUGAAAUAUCAGACCGUAAGUUUUUGUUAGCUUUCUUCUAAGACUGAUAUUCUUUGGAGUAGAAAUAAGUGACAAAUCUGCCUGCAAAGUCUCCAGCAGUCAUCUGCUGCAGACUACGAGUCUCUCAGAUACUUCUCAGCAGCUCUGCUGUUAAGAGGUGACCCUUCUCCUGGAGGGUCCUCCUGACACUUCCCUUAGCUCAGUUCACCAUCAAUAGUUUCAAGUACAUCAGAAGCAAGUUUAGGCACUGUCCUGAGGGAUUUCCAUAAAAUGGAAAAGAACCAUUUGUGUGUUUGUGGCACAUAAAAUCACCGAGUCUGAGUUGUGAAGUAAAAGUCUCAGUGACACUGAAGAGUAUUGGGAGUCUCUGCCCAGAAUUAAAAGCAGGGAGUGUAUCUGAACUUUUAAUUUCAAAAAAUUGUGGCCAUGAGUCAGCCAGCAUCAGAAGAAAACCAACUUUGAAGCUUCUAACAACAACUAAUAUUGUGGCUUUAUUAAUUUUAUAGUUACACUAUGAUUGAACGUGAUGUACUGUACAAAAUAAAGUUAGUCUUAGGCUUCCAGGUGUACCAUGGCAUUCAUUUGAGACAUACCAACAGAAGUUUGCAUGUGAAAAAUCUUAAAGUGAUACUAAAACAAUGUUACCCCCCUGACUGAGUCCCUUAGGAAUUUAAUGUUUUCCUGUUUUACAUCUGGUUUCCAUGCUGAGUACAAUAAAAUGAGCACUGUCUUAA